GGGAGGGCCCGGGGAGGGGUCAAGCUUGGGAAGAAGGCGGGUUUCUGUGCCCUGUGCGCGCCUGCGUGUGUGCAAGUGUGCGUGUGUGAGUGAGUGUGCCCCGAAGUUGCCAGGCGCGCAGGAGGAAGUAGUGAGCCCCCGGGAGUUUGGGCUCGGGGCUCCCGCCGCGCCCGGGGCGGGCCCCCCAGCCCCUCCUAGCAGCCGCACAAACUUUUCAGGCCGCGGAGCGGACUUUGGGCAGCCGCGGCGCGCGCGCGCGAGGGGGGGGCGCGCGCCGCUGACCAUGAAGGUGCGCUUGGCUGCCAGGUGGGCUUGGCUCAGCAGGGGCUGCCUGCUGCUGGGCGCCCUCGUAGUGGCCUAUGCGGUCGUGGAGCUGUCCGUGGCCUCGCUGCGCGCCCCCUCGGGAGACGGCUUCACCUCCGGCAGGUGGGAGAGAGGUUUACCUGGCGUCGGGGAGAAAGCGCAGGACCUGGCCCAGCCCCUGUACGCCAAGCCCCCGCCGGACCCCGGGGCGCUGGGCGAGUGGGGAGAGGCGAGCCACCUCCAGCUGCAGGGGGAGGAGGAGAAGCAGGCGGAAGAGCUCAUCGAAAGGUAUGCCAUCAACAUCUACCUGAGUGACAAGAUCUCCCUGCACCGGCACAUCCGGGACGAUCGCAUGUAUGAGUGCCGGCUCAAGACCUAUGACUACCGCCGGCUGCCCACCACCUCGGUCAUCAUCGCCUUCUACAACGAAGCCUGGUCCACUCUGCUGCGCACCAUCCACAGCGUCCUGGAGACCUCCCCUGCGGUCCUCCUGAAGGAGAUUAUCCUGGUGGACGACUUGAGUGAUAAAGUGUAUUUGAAGGCUCAGCUGGAAACCUACCUCAGCAAACUGCAGAGGGUUCGGCUGAUCAGGACCAAGAAGCGGGAGGGGCUGGUCAGAGCCCGCCUCAUCGGAGCCACUUUUGCCACUGGGGAAGUGCUCACGUUCCUCGAUUGUCACUGUGAGUGUAACUCGGGGUGGUUGGAACCGCUGUUGGAAAGGAUCAGUCAAGACGAAUCCGUGAUCAUUUGUCCUGUGAUAGACACCAUUGAUUGGAAUACGUUUGACUUUUACAUGCAGGAAGGGGAGCCUGUAAUCGGGGGCUUUGAUUGGCACUUAACCUUCCAGUGGCAGGCAGUCCCCGAGCAUGAAAGGAGAAGGUGGAAAUCCAGGAUUGACCCCAUCAGAUCCCCGGUUAUGGCUGGAGGGCUCUUUGCUGUCAGUAAAAAGUAUUUUGAGUACUUGGGCACUUAUGACACGGGGAUGGAAGUAUGGGGCGGUGAGAAUUUGGAGUUGUCAUUCCGGGUAUGGCAGUGUGGGGGGGCCCUGGAGAUUCACCCCUGCUCCCACGUAGGGCACGUCUUCCCCAAGCGAGCCCCCUACGCCAGGCCCAAUUUUCGGCAGAACACAGUCCGGGCAGCUGAGGUGUGGAUGGAUGAAUAUAAAGAGCACUUCUAUAAUCGCAACCCCUUAGCUAGGAAGGAGAAUUAUGGGGACGUGUCUGAAAGAAAGUUAUUGAGAAGACGGUUGAAUUGCAAGAGUUUUGACUGGUAUUUGAAAACCGUAUUUCCUGCAUUGCGCGUGCCAGAGGAUCGCCCUGGCUGGCACGGGGCUCUUCGCAGUGUGGGAAUCUCUUCGGAAUGUCUCGAUUACAAAUCUCCAGACCGUGAUCCCACAGGAGCUCAUGUGUCUCUGUUUGGAUGCCAUGGACAAGGAGGCAAUCAGUUUUUCGAAUAUACCUUAAAGAAAGAGUUGCGCUUUAGUGUCCAGACAGAAUUAUGUGUCACGGUCCCCAAGCAAAAAAAUUAUGUUGGAAUGCAGUACUGCCCCAAGCAAGGCUCCCCUGUUCCAGAGGAAAUCAUAUGGCAUUUUAAAGAAGAUGGAACAAUUUAUCAUCCCCAGUCUGGCAUGUGCGUGAGUGCCUACCGUACAUCCCAGGGGCGUCCUGAUGUAGAAAUGAGAACUUGUAACGCCAUUGAUAAAAAUCAGAUUUGGAGGUUUGAGAAGUAGAAUGGACACGUGCCCAGUUGUCUUUGUGAUUUGUGGUAUCCUGAAGGACUAGGAGGCAACCUCUCUAAAGAUUGUAUUUUGUUAAAAAAAAAAAUUAUUUGAAUAUUGACUGAGAUCAUUCCAGAAAGGCUGUCUCAUUAUCUUGUCUGAUACACUGAAACUGGUGGGGGGCCCAAAACCACUUUUCAUAUUCCUAGAUGCCUUAUGGACCGAAUUCAACUCGACCCCUCUUUCCCUCCUCUUUGGAGGAAUUCUUUGUAUGGUGAGAACUCCAGAGGCUUUAAGUUCCAGACUUAGAAUUCAAGAAAUCAAAAAUCAGCAGCAUGAGAUGUAGCUAAUAAAUCACUGACAUUUGGAGAUUACGUGCAGGGUGAUUACAUUAAAACUAUCCUGGUUAAAUGUAAGUUUUUUAUUUCAUCCCCCAAUUUGAGUUCUAGAAUUGGGUGGUUGUUAGAAGAAAAAAAAAAAAACAAACCCAGGUGGAAGAGGGCAUCAUUAGCCUUUGUUUGAAUGUUUAACCACAGCUCUAGAGAAUUUGGAUAAUUAGGUUUGGGGAUUAUGCAAUUUAAUGCUUAGACUUCUCAAGAAAUAGAAAGUUGUCUGGAUGAAAUGGAGAGGUGGCUACUGUUUUUCUUGAGUCACCACCACAUUUGCCAGAUGCCUAUUGGUACAACUCCUUCCGAACUGAUAAGAAAUCCUGGUGAAUUCCUUUAUACACAUAUACACAUGCUCAUUCUCUUGAUGCAAUUUUUUUAUUUCAUAAAUAGAAGAGAGCCAAGGGGGUUGUUCCUCCUCCCCUUUUUUUGUUAAUGUUUAAUCAUUUAAAGUAAACACAGUGGAGAUGUUCCUGAACCUAAGACCAACCGUAUUUACAUCACUGUGUGAAUUUGAAAGUAAAUAGAGUUUGACCACAUUAUCUGUAGCACAUUAUCUGUGCCUUAUGGAUCGCCAUUAGAAAAAUGAAAUUUCUCAGCAUUGUAGUCUUCAAAUAAUUUUCCAUCUUUCCCGGCUUAUCAUAUGUAAAUGUUGCUGAGCGACAUACCUUUCUCAUCUGUGGAGCUUGAAAAGGGUUGGUUUGGGUUUUGAAUUUUAAAGGAGCUGAGCUCAAUUAAACUUCUAUGUUUUGGUUGGGGAAUAAAUGUUAGCUGUAGUUAGCUGGCCACUGUGUUUAUGUGGUUUUUGAUAACUGUUAAAUAAAGUUGUUGGGGUUUUUUUUUUCAUUUUUAAAGUAAUAUUUUGGAUGAAGAACGAGAAAUGUUUCCCAAACUAAAUUAUUUGAGAAGCAAUGUAGCAUUGAAAAUGAUAUUUUCAGUAUUAAAAAAAAACCUUGGUCUAUUUUAAUUUGUCUUGUUUCUCUCUAUGAGACUAUAACUGGGGUGAAAAUGACGGUUUUUAAUUUAUAAAGAACCAAUGUUAGUUUUUAAACUUGAGGCUUACAGUUCCCUUUUUAAAAAAAAAAGGGGGGGGAGUAUGGACUCCUUUAAGGGAUACCGCCAUCUAUCCCAUACAUCUGCCUUUAGGACAUUAUUUUGCUUGUAAUACUUCCAACCUUUAGGGGUACAGUGACAUCAGAAGUGAAACCAAUAUCUUCAGUUCCUAAAUUGCCGUGACGUUUUACUUGGCCACUUUUCUGUUAACUUGCUGUUCUAGUCAAAGAGAGGCCUUUUUAGGAAGCCUCUAGAUAUGAAACACAGGAGUAACAUUGUAAAAAGAAGCUUUUUAGGAUCCAUGAUGCUGAUCUUGCCUCCCUGAUUAUAUGCCAACAGUAAAGAACUCAGAGCAGAAAAGCCAGGAUCAGUCAGUCAAUCAACAGUCUUUGUCUUGAGUUGCUGUUUUGAAUAAUUGUAAAAGUUGUUGAGGUGUUUUAGUCUCGUAAAAAGUGAACAAAUGACUCUCUGUGAUCAGUUAGAAUAUGGACCCAUUUUUCUUCUAACGGUUUUAAAAGUGGUGUUGGAGGAACAUGAA